CCGUCGCCAUCUCCACGAACACAUCGCGAACCACCACUCGGAACCAGUACCCGAUCUCGACCUCGAAUCCCAUCACAACACCCUCCAAUGCGCCAUCGCCCCUCGACAAUAACGUCCCAACCGUCACCCAACCAUGGCGCCCGACACGCACUCCUCCCACCCCCUUCUCGACCCCUCCUCCUCUCUUCCGCACGCCAACUCCAACGAUGACCGCGGCCGCCGGCGUACCCCCUCCCCCUACCAUCCCGUUCUCUACGACUCCGAGUCCAACUUCGACCCCUCAGCCGCCGACCCCUCCCCUUUCUCCUCUUCCGGUCGACCCUCCAACCCCCGCCGUACAACCUCCACCUCCCUCCGCUCCAUCACGCCCGUCCCCCUCGCAGCGCAAGCCCUUCACCUCGACACCACUCUGCGCUACCGUCUAGCGGCCUUCUUCCUCCUCGUCUCGCUGGUGACAUUCACCGUGCAAACGGAGCUCGCUUCCAUUGUCCAACACGAUCUAGGAUGGGACAAGGCCUACUGCAUGCUCUACCUAACCCACGGCUCCUGGGUUUUCCUGUUUCCCCUACAACUAGCUGUCCUGCGGUUACUGAAGCGGGAAAUUCCCUGGCGGCCCUUUUGGCGGCAAGUCUUGUGGGAAGUUCGCGUGGUCGGAUCCAUGGUGGAACACCAAAAGCUGGAUGUACAAACCCCGAGGAGAAGAAGAGGGAGAUCGAGAGGAGGAGGCCACCAACAACAAGCAAACUCACCAUGGCGGUACCUAGUCUACACCACAGCAGGCGUCACUUGCGCACUUACCGUUGCUGGACUGAGCUGGUACUUGGCCGUAAGCAUGACGACCCCGUCGGACUUGACGGCCAUUUACAACUGCAGUGCCUUUUUCGCGUACGCAUUUAGUAUCCCGCUGCUUAAGGAAAGAUUGCACAUGGGCAAGAUCGUCGCGGUUGCCAUUGCGAUUCUCGGUGUUUUGAUCGUUGCUUACGGCGACGGUAAUCCCGAUUCGGGCGCAGGCGAGAUUAAUGGCGGCACCCGCUUCCUAGGCAACAUCAUCAUCGGCGUCGGAUCCGUCCUCUACGGCCUCUACGAAGUCCUCUACAAACGCUUCGCAUGUCCGCCUGAAGGCACCUCAGCUUUCCGAAGCGUCACGUUCGCGAACACCUUUGGAAGUAUGAUCGGGGUGUUCACCAUUUUCGUGCUGUGGAUUCCUAUCCCCAUCUUGCACUGGACGGGCAUCGAACCGUUUGAAGUCCCCACGGGCAGGGCGGCCUGGUUGUUGUUUUGGAGUAUUGUCAUGAACAUGAGCUUUGCGGGCAGCUUUCUGGUGCUGAUUUCUCUGACGAGUCCCGUGUUCAGCUCCGUGGCGAGCCUGUUGACGAUUUUCAUCGUGGCCAUGUCGGAUUGGUUCAUGACGGGCAAGCCGCUGAGCGGGGCGUCGAUGCUGGGUGGGGUGUUUAUCAUGAUGGCGUUUGGACUAUUGAGUUGGUCGACGUGGAAGGAGAUGGAAGAGGAGGAGGCGAGGAGGAGGAGGGUGGUUGCCGCCGGUGGUGGUGGGGAGGAGGACGUGGAGGAUAGUGAGAGUGAUAAGGAUGAGGUGUAGAUGGGUUUGGUGGAUUGCUCGUUGGGUUUUUCCUUUCUUCCUUUCCUUCCCUCUUUCUUCUUUUUCCUUAUUGUUCUUUUGGCGUCUUCUGUUAUAUUUCGGGGUUGUUUCUUCGGACACAGAGAACAGAACGGUCAUACGAUAGAGGUGGCCUGGCACAACCCGUAUCGAG